UAUUGAAAAUUACCUGUUUCACUUAACUUGCUAAAUCUGUUCAGGGGGGAAUUCCCGAAUAACUUGCGAAGUCUCCAUGGAUGAUGGUGUGGAAACGAUAACAAGAUCUUUCGCGUCUCAUCAAAGAUUCACCAUGAAAUUGGGAGAAACAGUCGAUAUUGUAGUAAAGAAGUCUGACAACGUCAUAUUUGACUGGGAAUUUAGCCUUGACCCAGGAUACAUUAAUAUUUUAAAAACCCUCAAAUGUCACGAGACCGCAGUAACAGGACAAGAACAGGAAAGCGAUACCAUUACAUGCUCAAUCGUUAGCGCCAGUACAGUGAUUAGCCAUAUAACAUUCGACGGAUGGUCAGAGCAACAAUAUGGAAAAAUACCUGGAAUAGUGGAAAACAUUCCAGAAUCGUCAGUCCUGGUUCAGUUGACAGAUGAAUCUCCAAAAAAUAUGAAAAUUGUCGCAAAAUCUCUAUCAAGUGGUCAUGAAAUUGCAACAACAUCAGCGGGAAGUUCAGCUAUCAUAAAUUGCAUAGAACCUGGAGACAAAUAUUCUGUCUCCAUAUUUGAUAUAUCUGAUGGUCUUCAACACAAGCUUAUUUCCAAAACUGACAUUCAAACAAGUAAAACAAUUGGAGAGGGAGGAGACAUUGUUCGUGCUGGAAAUUGCACACUUAUUUUUCCGGAACGCGCUGUGAAGAAUGGAACCAAAAUUGAAAUAUCAGAUUGUGCGGAGAGUGUACCAACCCUCCCUGAUGAAUACUUCUGCAUUACACCUAUAAUGGACUUUCGUUCAUCACAAAAAAAAUUUGAUGAGCCUGUUAUCUGCAAACUUGCGUUACCCCAUAUCAUUGUAAAAAAAACUAUAUCUGUCGAUGUAAUGUGCUUUGAGGACAAUAAGUGGGAUAAAGUAUGCUCCAGUGUUUUGACUGAAAAUAGUGCAGUCGAGUUUAGGUGUGACCAUUUUUCUCCAUAUACAUUAGCAAUAAUUAUUUAAUUGCCAUACAGUCUGAUUCCCAAUAUUUCUUUCUGGAUGCACAACAUGGUGUACUUUGACAAGAAUGACAAUUUUAUGUGUGUCACAUGUUUGGAUUAUGAAUCUAUCAAGCAGAAAUGUAAAACAACGUUAAUGGAGGCUAACUAUAUACCAUCUCCAUUAAUUAUCCCAACUUUUGAACUAACUUUCGAUAAAACCGCUGGCUUUUUCCUCAAAUGUCUUGGUGUUGAGCCAGAGAGGCUAAUUGGUGAAUGGCAAACAACUCUCAAUUAUGAUUUUGUCAAAGAAUGGUCCCACAUGCAAGAUUUUCAAAUGGAUAAAGUCGUCGGUCAAGACAGAAUCACUCUUCUGUUCAGUCGAUUAUUGGAUGACUCACCCCGACCAGUUGAAAAGAAAACUCAAGUGUCAUACCCUCUAGAUAAAAAUGCAAUCACUUCAACGGAACCAUCAAGCGCAGCUGUGAAUGCCAUCCAAGGUCAAGGCAUAAAAGUUAUAAACUAUAACCCUGUAUUGCACGGUCAUUGAAGCAAUUAGACCUAUUAUUAUUUAAGUAGAUAUUGUGUCACUUCUAUGAAUGGAGCUUUCAAAAGUUCCAUGGCUUCAGCGAAACAGAUAUCAGUGACAAUAUACGAAUAACUCAUCCAAUUUUCUUACCAACUCAAUGGUUCACAUUUCACUUACAUAAAAAUGUGAUGUGAUGUUUUCGUUAUAUAACAAUUUGGACAUAAGAUAUUUACACGAUGAUUUAUAUGAAAUCAUGUUCCCCCGUGAGGCCAUAAAUAAAGCAUUUUGACAAGCUGUCUAAAGUUAGACUAUCAAUAUUUUUAUUACUGUUAGACCCCAUUAGUCAAUAAUUUGUAACUACAUCUGUUUUAUUAACCAUGUAAUGCAUUAUUUUAUUUUAUAUCAAGUAUUAUUAUUUCUUGUUAAUACUUGUGAGCCUGAUUAGUUUGAAGAUUUCUGACUAAUAUUAUUUUGAUUAUUUAUGUAGUGCAUGCUUUUAAUUUAUUUUAGU